CUGGGGCCCGCCCGCGGGGCCGGCCGCCUGUCAGAGGGAGGUGGCGAUGGUGCGCCCGGUGGCGGUGGCGGCUGCAGCGGCUUCCCUGGUCCGAGCGCAGGGAGGAGAAGAUGACUGACCGACCGACCGAAUGACUGAAUGAAUGAAUGGAGGAGCCGAGCGCGCCAUGAGGAGCCUGCUGAGCCUGGGCGCCGUCGCCCUGUUGUGCUGCGCCGCCGCCGCCGCCGCCGCGGCCGCCUCAACAACCUCGGCGGGGAAUGUCACCGGUGGCGGCGGGGCCGCUGGGCAGGUGGACGCGUCGCCGGGCCCGGGGCUAGGGGCCGAGCUCAGCCGCCCUUUCUCUAAGGCGACGCCUCCCACGGCCCAGGCCCCGCGGACCCGAGCGCCGCGCGCUACCGUCCACCAGCCUCUGGCUGCGUCCUCCUCAGCCCCGUCCCCGGAGACCACCCCUCCUCGGGCGACCGCCGGACCCACCGCGACCGCCUUCCAGGCUCCGCUCAGCCCCUCGCCGACCGCCCCGCCGGCGGCGGACCGUACGCCAACCACCCCUCACGCGACACCCAGACCCGCGCCGACCACCCUCUGGACGAGCACUGGCCCGGCGCCGACCACCCCUGUAGCGACCACCAUCCCGGCGCCCACCACCCCGCAGACCCCGACCCCCGUGCUCCCCGGCGUCAGCAGCGUCCCGCCCACCCCACCUGCCACCGAGGCCCCCACUCCCCCUCCCCCAGAAUAUGUAUGUAACUGCUCUGUGGUGGGAAGUCUGGAUGUGAAUCGCUGCAACCAGACCACCGGGCAGUGUGAGUGUCAGCCUCAUUAUCAAGGGCUCCGCUGUGACAUCUGCAGGGAGGGCUUUUACCUGAAUCACACAUCUGGGCUCUGUCUGCCGUGUGACUGUAGUCCACACGGAGCCCGCAGCAUACUCUGCAACAGUUCUGGGAGGUGCCAGUGCAAAGUGGGCGUCACCGGCUCUACAUGUGAUCGAUGCCAAGAUGGAUAUUAUGACUUUAGUAAGAGUGGCUGCUUGCCCUGCCGAUGUAAUAAUCGGUCUGCCAGUUGUGAUGCCCUCACAGGUGCUUGUCUAAACUGCCAGGAAAAUAGCAAAGGGGAUCACUGUGAAGAAUGCAAAGAAGGAUUUUAUCAGAGUCCUGAUGCCACAAAAGAAUGUCUUCGCUGUCCUUGUUCAGCAGUGACAUCUACAGGCAGCUGUAUCAUAAAACUGGAUGACUUGGAGCCUACGUGUGUCCAGUGCAAAGACGGUUACACGGGCCAGAAUUGCAACACAUGUGAAAAUGGCUAUUACAAUUCCGACAGCAUCUGUACCAAGUGCCAAUGUCAUGGCCACGUGGACCCAAUCAAAACUCCAAAGAUUUGCAAGCCCGAGAGUGGUGAAUGCAUCAACUGCCUACAUAACACCACUGGGUUUUGGUGUGAGAACUGCCUGGAAGGCUAUGUCCAAGACCUCGAGGGAAAUUGCAUCAAGAAAGAAGUUAUUGUUCCAACACCUGAAGGUUCUACCAUUUUGGUUUCCAAUGCCUCUUUGACCACAUCAGUGCCCACCCCUGUUAUAAAUAGUACACUUACCCCCACAACCCUGCAGACUAUCUUUUCCGUAAGCUCUGCUGAGAACAGCACGUCAGCUUUAGCUGAUGUUUCAUGGACCCAGUUUAACAUCAUCAUUUUGACAGUGAUCAUCAUCGUGGUGGUGCUGCUCAUGGGAUUUGUGGGGGCCGUCUAUAUGCACCGGGAGUACCAAACCCGGAAGCUCAAUGCCCCUUUUUGGACCAUCGAGCUGAAAGAAGACAAUAUCAGUUUCAGCAGCUACCACGACAGCAUUCCCAAUGCAGAUGUGUCAGGGUUGUUAGAAGAUGAUGGCAACGAAGUGGCUCCCAAUGGGCAACUGACCCUGACGACGCCCAUCCAUAACUACAAAGCCUGAGGAGCCGGAACUGUCAUCCGGGAUCAUUAGACCACAUUGCUUCCUAAGGCAGCAUCGACCGGGCCAGACGCGGCCUGAGCAGUUUGCUGAGAACGCAGAGGCGUGUAUGCACCUGAAAGUUUCAGGUACCAAUGUGUAAUGCACUUAGCCUAUCACUCAUGGCUUCCCCGUGACGAUCUGAAGCAGUCACUGUCAAUAAGGACUUGUAGUAAAGUAUAUUUUUGUACCCAGAGACAGGGGAGUAUAGAAAGGCUGAACCCCACAAUGCAGCCCACAUCUACUUUGACCCCCAAAUAGACUCCUGGGGCAGUGCUCACCAAACCAGCGGAAACACGAUGAUGGAAGUGGAGGGGACGGACUCCAGGAAGACCUCAUCUCCAUUCCUGAAACACCUUUUUUAAAAGGAGGGUCAGGGAUGAUAUUCCUUUUACUGUGCUAAAAGACAGCACCGCAGGAAAGCUUACUGUCUGGGCUGUAUCCCAAUAAACAAUCUCGAUUGUUUCCAGAAUAGGAGCAGAAAAGUCUCAAGAGGGUCAUUAGAAAGUCUUGAUUUUUCCUUCCCAAAUUCUUGCUCAAUGGUAGGAUCCAAGCACAGGAUAAACUUCUAAUGGUAGACACAGGAAGGUGACCUCUGGGAGCAGGAAGCUGAUGGUUCUCCAUAGGGUCUCAGUGUAAAUGAUGAAUUGUCCGAAAAUAAGGACUGUUCCUGCCUCCAGAGAAAUAAGGUGUAUAUAGUGAAUGUAGCAUAUCUGGUCAACAUUGUUAUUUGUAUCUAUUUGUAAAAAAAAAAAAAAUCGUGUCAUAUUUUAUCAUCUAGAAACUAUUUGUACAGCAGUUAAUGGCAUUGUAAAAAGAACAUACGGGGAUUGGUUAAAAUAGUGUAACAUAGGUGGCAGUACUGCUGGAGCUGGGACUCUGGUGAACGUCAGUCAUUUUUAGUCCCUCUUUGGACACUGUUGAAAUUUAUAAGAGGUUGAAUGUUUCCAAACUUUCUUUCCCUUUCUCAGUCUCAAAGUAGAGUUACAUGUCCUUUGACUUACUAGACAUUCAAGCAAUAGAUUUUUAAGUCCGUGAUUGUUAAGCUGGGACACAGGCUGUACUCUCUAAAGUACUCAGAUGAUUAGAUAUUAGCCGGUCUAUAUAUUUUACAUAGAUCAAUGUAGAACAGAUCCUCACAAGAAAAAUGUUUUUAAAUGGAAAAGACAGUCUUCCAAAGGCAUUAGAAAUAUUUUAGUUCCAAAAGAAAAGCCAUCAUGUCACUUGGGAUCCCCUGUUUUCCAUGCAUGUGAAAUAUUUGUUAUACUCUUCCUCCCCGCUCAAAAAAAAAAUACCUUCCACAUUUGAACAUAGCUUAUCACCCGUGAGGUAUCUGCCAUCUUCCUGCAGGGCUCUCGCUCUGCUGUGUGAGGGUGGUUCCGUAGCUGGCUGGGUACAGUCAGUCCUGGCUUUUAGACACAGGGUUUCGCUGGAGGCACCUACUGUUGCACUGUAAGGUAUUGACAGGCUGUGGGUUAAGCAAGCCAGGAAAAGCAGCCAGAAGUCAAAUAUAGAUAUUUAUUAGGAGGAACAGCAAACUGUCAAGUGGUGAGAAAAGAAGUAAAGAUUUGUUAGAUUAGACCUAGAAAAUCCAAGUUGACAACCUUGCCUGCCUUCCCUAGAGAAAAGCCUGGAAUUUAUUCAUCCCUCUGUAAGAGACCCCUCGGCUUUCUCAGGAUUUACACAUGGUGUUCUGGAUGAUGGACACACAGAUGAUCCAUUUCUGUAACCUGAGGUGCUCUGAGUAUUUGGCCAUGGCUCUUGAGAGGAGAGGAUACAUUACGUUACAUUAUAUUUAAAACAUCAAUGGGUAUUUCUAGAGCCCUUUGCAGUUCACAAAGCACAUUUCCACACGUGUCCUCUGUUCCUUACCAUAGCCGCCUAAGGAAGUAAUUAUUGUCCCCAUUUUAUAGAUGAGGUUAACUGUCUCAUUCAAGGCUGUACAAUAUGUCAUUAUUAGGCUUGGAAUCAGGCCUCCUAACUCUGAAGCACAUAUUCUUCCAACUCUAGGCCAGUGUAGAAACUGCUAGCCACGGACAGAGAGGUCGGGAGGGAGCGUCUUGUCUGUGAAUGUUUCUAACUUCGUAAGUACAAGGGACAGUCCAGGGCCAUACAGCUGGAAAGGGUUUUGUGGGAAGGACACUGGAAGAUUACUGUCUGAAGCCAGGAUUGGUGACAAGAAAACAAAACUACCGGUUUUUGUGCUUCCUUAAAGAGAACUAAUCCUGACGAGCUGAGUGGGAAACAUGUUUUCCCCAGCAGCCUCCACCUACACAUGUACAGACUGAGCACUGCGCAGCUCCGAGGGAGGGGGCCUCUCUCCCUGACUGCCACCCCUCAAGCUGAGGAGUUGAGCAUGGUGAGAGAUAAGCACUGGUUACACAGAAGUAACUGUGAGUGUUUGUCGGGGUCUAAGAGCCAAAGCGGAAUAGUCCAGAUUCUGGCCAUAAAGAGAUUGCUUGCAGGAUAUCUUAAAAAGGCAUUGUAAGCAUUGAAU